CGUGCGCGUCAUAGUGCCACCAGGCCCUGACCGUCGAGUAGUCAACUCAACACCUGUAACAGCUAAUUCAAAACAUAACGACGCCAACUCUCCUUUCCCAUGGAGUAUUUUUGACAAUGCACCGCGUAAUCUCGUAUUAGGUCCAGGUCCCAGUUAUUGAAAAAUCUGUAUAAGAGUAAUCUGGUUUUGGAAAUUCAAUGUUUUGCUGUUGAGGAACAGGGAGGUUACAGGUGUAGCUGGGGUCUGGCAGGUAUGACCAUGGUGCUGUACUGGGGUGGUCUGUUGGUGUUGGCGGCCCUGUCCCGGGCCCUGGGCUCUCUGCAGCUUUCAGAGGAGGCUGCUGUGCCAGAUGAAUGGGUCCUGCUCCAUGUCGUGCAAGGCCACAUUGGGGCAGGAAACUACAGCUACCUGCGUCUCAACCAUGAAGGACGUAUUAUCCUGUACAUGCAGAGCCUUAAGGGAGACGCGGAUCUCUACGUCUCUGACAAGACGCUGCGGCCAAACUUUGAUACCUACAAGCUUCAGUCUACCACCUGUGGCCAGGACGUGGUGAUCGUCCCGGGGGAUUUUGUUAGGCCUGUUGGGAUUGGGAUCUACGGACAUCCAUCCUACAUGGAGAGUGAGUUUGAGAUGAGGGUGUUUUAUGACCAGAUGGCACUCACAGAAGAGGAAGUGGAGAAAAACUUGUAUUCCUCAGAUGAGACUCCUGGACAGUCUCAACACUCUCAGGGCCCCGAGGACGGGACGGAAGAAGAGGAGUCAAUCCUGUGGACUAUUCUGAUUGGGAUUCUUAAGAUCAUACUUGAAAUUUUGUUUUGAUUUUGAUGUCCCAGCUGCCAACGUAACACAUUUGCCACAGUUAUACAAUUUUUCUUAUUUAGAUCAAA